AAUAUAAACACUCUCUCUUUUUAGAGUGACGUGCGUCGUGGGCAAGCUGGACUGCCUCGACUUUCUACUCUUUUUCAAAAUAUUUUCAUGAAGCUACCACUCUUAACAAGUGCUUCUAGCAGAAACAAGAAAAUUAUUUUUUACCGAAGGUAAAUAACGUAGACAAUUCAAAAUGAGUCGGUUUUUCGCGACUGGUACGGACUCCAGUGAGGAGAGCUCCAGCGAGGAAGAUCAGGUAGUGCGCCCAGCAGCCCCCGUCUACACGUUCAGUGAUGACGAGGAGGAAACAAAGCGCGUUGUGCGCUCUAUGAAAGAGAAGAGGUACGAAGAAUUAGAUGGGAUAAUCCACAAUAUUCGUAACCACCGCAAGAUCAAAGACUUCUCAUCAGCUCUUGCUUCCUUCGAAGAGCUUCAGAAAGCUUACACACGUGCAGCUCCUGUUGUAGCAAAAGAGGAAAAUGGCAUUGCUCCUCGGUUCUUUAUUAGAGCUCUGGUGGAACUUGAUGACUGGGUCGCCGGAGCUUGGGACAGCAGAAAGACUCUGUCCAAGGGCAACAGCAAAGCCCUGACCUCUUUGAGGCAAAAGCUCAGGAAAUACACUAAGGACUUUGAAGCUGAGAUUAGCAAGUUCCGUGAGAACCCUGACUUGCCUGAUGAUAAUGAGGAAGAUGAGGAAAGGAAAGAUUCCUCCUCUGAAGAUGAGUCUGAAGAGGAAAAGAAGCCUAAAGAGAAGGUGAAAGCCAGGCGCUCGCCCGAGCCGCCGCGCCGCCCGCCGCCCGAGGACGACGACUCCUCCGACUCCAUGGACUGGGGCUCCAGCUCCGACGACUCCAGCUCCAGCUCUGACGACGAGGCGCGCGGUGCAACCACCCUCCGUGACAAGUUCUUGAAGAAGACCACAGAGAGAGACGAAGAUGAGGAAAAGGAGAAGAAGAAGAGUAGGAAGGGAAGGGAUCGUGGAGCUAAGAUUGGCAAGAAGGACCAGGCUGAUGAUGGUGGCGAGUGGGAGACUGUCAGGAAGGGUGCUGCUACAUCUGACAAGCCUAAGAUGUUUGCUAAGGACAGCGACAUCGACGCAGCCCUAGUAGUGAAGAAACUUGGCGAGAUCAGCGCCGCUAGAGGCCGCAAGCGCACCGACCGUCGCGCGCAACUCGAGCUCCUGCACGAACUCCGCACUGUGGCCCAGCAACAUAACCUGGGCGACGCAUUGCAGCUCAAACUGCGCGCUGCUACCGUUGCUGCUCUCUUUGACUACAACCCUAAGGUGUCUGACGCCAUGAAGCCUGAAUACUGGUCACGACUUGUAGAGAACGUCGACCACAUGGUCACCCUACUCCUGGCCCACGAGGACAUGGUCCUCAGCGAGUCCAUCCUGGAAGAGAACGAGCAACUCGUCACCCCUCCGUACCGCGUCCGCGGCUGCCUGCUCACCGCCUUAGAGCGUCUUGACGACGAGUUCACCAAGCUCCUUAAAGAGUGCGACCCUCACUCCAACGAGUACGUCGAGAGGCUGAAAGAUGAAGUCCGUGUUUCCACCUUAAUCGACCGCGUAUGCCUCGUUGUCGAACGAGAUGGAACACCUCAGGAAAUCUGCCGCGCGUACCUUCGUAAGAUAGAUCACUUGUACUACAAGUUUGACACGAGAGCUGUCAGGAAAGACCUGCCUCCCGGCGAAGAAACUUCGAUCAAGAAGAUGGAGCGUCUCUGCAAGUACAUCUACGCUCAUGAUGAAUCCGACCGUCUUCGUACUCGCGCCAUCUUGUCUCAUAUGUACCAUCAUGCGCUCCAUGAUAACUGGUUCCAAGCGCGCGACCUGCUUCUUAUGUCGCAUCUUCAAGAAACUGUGCAGCAUUCUGAUCCUAGCACGCAGAUUUUGUACAAUCGUACAAUGGCUAACUUAGGUCUUUGCGCGUUCCGCCGCGGCAACGUGAAGGAAGCUCACGGAUGUUUGGCUGAGCUGAUGAUGACCGGCAAACCUAAGGAGUUGUUAGCCCAAGGGCUGCUGCCUCAGCGUCAGCACGAGCGCUCUAAAGAGCAGGAGAAGAUCGAGAAGCAACGGCAGAUGCCGUUCCACAUGCACAUCAACUUGGAGCUGCUGGAGUGUGUGUACCUGGUGUCUGCCAUGAUGAUCGAGAUCCCGUAUAUGGCGGCGCACGAGUUCGACGCACGCCGGCGUAUGAUCAGCAAGACAUUCUACCAGAACCUGCGCGCCAGCGAGCGGCAGGCGCUGGUGGGCCCGCCGGAGUCCAUGCGCGAGCACGCCGUGGCGGCCGCGCGCGCCAUGCGCCGCGGCGACUGGCGCGCCUGCCUCGACUACAUCGUCAACGAGAAGAUGAACGCCAAGGUGUGGGACCUGAUGGUCGGCGCCGACAACGUGCGCGCCAUGCUGGGCCGCCUCAUCCGUGAGGAAUCCCUGCGCACCUACCUGUUCACGUACGCCCACGUUUACGCCUCGUUGUCGCUCAAGUCGCUCGCCGACAUGUUCGAGCUGCCUCGCCAGAAGGUCCAUUCUCUGGUGUCCAAAAUGAUCAUCAACGAGGAGCUGCUGGCGUCGCUGGAUGACCCCAGCGAGUGCGCCAUCCUGCAUCGCUCGGAGCCCACUCGUAUGCAGGCGCUCGCUUUGCAGCUCGCUGACAAGGUCGGUAACCUCGUAGACUCCAACGAGCGUAUUUUCGAGAAGCAAGGCUCGUUCUUCCAGCGCGGGGGCGCGGGCCGCGGCGACGGGAGGCAGCGAGAGCGCAUGCGCGAGGGCGGCUGGAACCGCCGCACCCGCAACCGUCGCCGCGACGACGAGCGCUCGCACGACGAGUGAACGCAGCCUUAGUCGGUCUAGCCGGCUUGGGGGGUCAACACACCAACCAACCAAAACCAACCAUCAAACAAAUUGCAUAUGGCCGACAUGUCGAACUAACGUCUAUUGCAUCGUGCGAUUGGUCGAUUGGUGCGUUAACUCUCUUACCUCCCAGGAGCUGAUGCACUUAUACGGGGUAAUUGCGCUUGAAAAAGUGCAAUUACCCCGUAAAAAUAUUGCAAAGUGUAUAGAGCCUGUCUUCGCUCCGUGUAACUAUUGGUUAGAUCGACCGUCAUGUUUUUAAUUGAUUCCGUAAACUUCAAUAGCCUGGUUUCAAUCGCUCGCAUUGUAAUCGCAGUGUAAUAAAAUUAUUAAAUUUGUCACAAA